AUGGAUAGUGCGCCUUUUGACAUCAACCAACUCCAGGAUCUAAACCUGCCCUACCCCGCAGUCACGAAGCAGGUUGUUGGAGAUGUCAAGGGGAUCCAGACAAAUGUCACCUUGAUCAAAUUUAGUGACAGAAUUCUAAUCACAAUCUCACAGAAAGGCCGACUAGGACAUUGGCUUCACGUGCCACUUGAGAACAAAAACCCAGGAACAGAGGGCUUUCACACCAUUUCUGAGCCGGCUGAGGACAGUCUUCUUCCUAUUGGCAAUUUGACUGCCACGUCACUGCUCGGUGGCCGGGCUCCUGGUCAUGAGGUAGUUGGUCAGCUUUAUGCUCGUCAAAUCGCCAGUGCCAUUGUCACCAAGACGCCCAAUGAGAAACGUAUGCUCGUUUUGGGCCUUGGGCUUGAAACUGCCGACGCGGAUAGAGAUGUCUUCUUUGCCGUCAUUGACCUCGUGCUGCAAUGCAUCUAA